AUGAAACCCGCUCGAAUACCAGGUGGGACCCCUGCACCGUAUGGCCGCGCUUGUGUGAACUGCGCACACGCCAAGUGCAAAUGCAUUCUUCUUCCGACUGGUAGUGGCUGUGAAAGAUGCCAGCGGCUGGGCAAAGAAUGCCGGCCGGCCCAGACGGUCCGAAGGCGCAAUCAACGGUCAUCGGCGUCUAAAUUUGCCAAUCUCGAGGCUAAAGUGGAUUAUGUCCUGGCAAAUUAUCCGGUGCUUCAGGGUAGCACAAUCUCUGACUUGCCCCCAGACUGGGACCCUGCGGGUCUCAUACAGAGCCACAGUGAUGCCGCGGAUCAGUCUACAUCAGUAAUCGCCCGCACUGCUACAAGUCUCUCUUCUUUGUCAUCUCAUGAUGAAACACCGUAUUCAUCACGCAAUAUUCCCGAGUAUCAUGAUGUUCUAUCCUUGCUUUAUGUCCCACCCGACAUGGCUCAGAAGUACCUCGACCAAUUCCGCACUUACCACUUGCAAUAUUUUCCUUUUGUCUACAUUCCUUCUGCAAUUACUUCUGAUGAAUUGCAAGCUAAAUACCCGUUCUUCUGGGUUUGUAUCAUGGAUGUGCUUACCACGAAAAAUCCGGAAAAGGGUGAUUCUUUCAGGAGGAUCAACAACCACAUCCACCAAAGAAUUAUGGUCGAUGUUGCGCCAAGUAUGGAUCUCCUUCUGGGAAUAAUGACUUUUGUCUCCUGGGUCACAUACACGAAAAGGCCUUUUCUCAAUUCCUAUACCCACAUUCUCAUGGGAGUCGUCGCCGAACUUGGCAUCAAUCAAGGUAUUGCAAGAGAGAACUCUAUCAUGCAAGAUUACAAGGCUGCCAUGGGAAUAAAGCAAAGCCAACCUGCGAUCCGAACUCUCGAGGAGAGGAGGGCUGUGUUGGGCUGUUUCUUGAUCUCAUCCUCCGUUGCACUUUCAAUAUCCAAAAUCGAUGCUAUGCGGUGGACGCCACACAUGGAAGAAAGCCUCUCAGUACUCGCGGAGGCUAAAGAGUGUCAAGAGGAUGAGAUUCUGAUUGCAUUGGUCAAGAGCCAUUUGGUUCUGGACAGGUCAUACUUCCUCCGGCGUGAUGGUGAAGCGAUAAACUCACCGUCCUUUUAUCUAAAUAUCUUCAAAGCGCAACUUGACAGCGUCAAGCAGGAGAUACCGCCCCAUCUUCAGAAACAUAGAGUCAUACGAUUGUACAUGUAUAAUGCCGAUGUCACAAUCAACGAGAUUGCACUUGGCCCCUCCGCGAUCCCACACCUCCCUGACCUCCAACGUCUCGACGGCCUAUACACCUCUCUCCAAUCCACGAAAUCCUGGCUAGAUAUCUGGAUGGAGUUCAAGCCAGAGCAGUAUUUCCAAUUACCAUCCACUGUCUUCUUCCAGUUCAUCAGAUGCAUUAUCAAUCUGUACAGACUCACUGUUCUGGAGGACCCGGCAUGGAGCCAGUCGGUGGUUCGAGAAACAGCCAACGUUAUCGAAUACUUGGACAGAAACAUAGCCAUGCUCAACAAUUGUCCAGAAUACAUCGCCCUCGAGGAAGGCAAGGAGAUGAAUAUGCUUGAAAAAGGACUGCGAAUGUUUACAGGAUUGAGGAAUACAUGGGAGCCAAAACUAAUGGAGUUAUGGGGCUUGGAUAUGUCAGCCAGAGAGAAUGAUGGUAGUAUGGUUGUGUCCGAUAACAUGCUACCCCCAUGCAUGCCCCUGACACAGAUUGAAGAAGCUUGGAUGUUGGAGUUCUUGGGAUCUAUGUGA